AUGGACGCGACGAGGACGCCCGAGAUCGACGAGAACCACAUCCUGGGACGUAUCGUCAGCUUGCAGAAGGCCAGGGGGUCGGCGGGGACCCUUGACCCGGGGCCCACCGCCGUGGACGCUCCCUCGCUUCAGCAGAAUCUACCCAUCGUCGCCGUCAAGGGCCUCGCCAUGGUCCUCGUCAUGGUCACCGCCGUGCUGGGCAACGUCCUGGUCAUCGCGAGUGUCCGCCGUCAUCGGAAACUCAGGGUGCCGACGAAUCGCUACGUCGUCAGCCUCGCGACGGCCGACCUCCUCGUCGCCGUCUGCGCCAUGACGUUCAACGCCUCCGUCGAGUUGACGGGUCGCUGGGUCUUCGGCAGGUUCAUGUGCGAUGUCUGGUGCUCGCUCGACGUCUACUUCUCCACCGCGUCCAUUUUGCAUCUCUGCUGCAUCAGCGUCGACCGAUACUACGCCAUCGUCAGGCCUCUCGAAUAUCCCGUCAUCAUGCGGAGACUCACCGUCACGGGGAUGCUGGGCAGCGCCUGGUUACUGCCCGCGCUCAUCAGCUUCAUCCCCAUCUUCAUGGGCUGGUACACCACGGAGGAACACCUGGAGUACUUGGGCGCGAACCCCGAGGUCUGCGUCUUCGUGGUGAACCGGCCCUACGCCGUGAUCAGUUCCUCGGUCUCCUUCUGGAUCCCUGGCCUCGUAAUGAUCGUCAUGUACUGCAAGAUCUACAAGGAGGCGGUCAGGCAGAGGGAGGCGCUCAGUCGAGCGUCCAGCAAUACCGUCCUGAACAACGUGCACCAACAUCGGGUCUCCUCUUCGAGGCAUCCUUCGAGAGCGUCGCACCAGCUCCUGCUGCAUCCCAGCGAUGUCGGGGAUUCCCGCAGGCCCUCUUACAAAUCCGCCGUCGAGCUCAAUGUCGAAAAUGGCACGACGAUACGGCAGCCGACGAAAAGCUGGAGAGCCGAGCACAAGGCUGCCAGGACCCUGGGGAUCAUCAUGGGAGCGUUCCUCCUGUGCUGGCUGCCAUUUUUCCUGUGGUACCUGACGACCUCCUUGUGCGGCGAGGCCUGUCACACCCCGGACGCCGUGGUCUCCGUCCUCUUCUGGAUUGGCUACUUCAACAGCGCCCUGAACCCCCUGAUCUACGCCUACUUCAACCGGGACUUCCGCGAGGCCUUCAAGGACACCCUGAAGAGCGCGCUGCCAUGCUGCUCGUGCUGCUGGAAGACGCCCUCGCAGUUCGUGUAGCGCGAGGCGCGUCGGGACGACUUCGACCCCCAGCUCCCCAGGGACGCGUCCCCGAGGGGGGCCGAG